GGGCGUCCGGGACUGCCCGCGCCUCCGCCGCUGCCGGGGGGCCGGGUCGGGGGUCCCGGAGCAGGGAGCACUUCUCGCCCCCCCCCCCGCCGUCCCGCCUCACUUCCGGGGCCGCCGCUUUCACUUUCUCUUGCGCGGAAGCUGCUUCUCUCGCCUCCCCAAAACGGGGGCUGCCGGCGCGGGGAGGGAGUUGGUCUGAAAUCCCGGGCGCCGGGGCGGUCCCCGCAGGGAGAAGGGGGGUCCUCCCGGGGCCUCGGAGCACCCCACUGCGCGGCACCCGGCGCCGGGCCCACCCCCGACCCGGGCCUGCCCUGUCUCCUCUGUCGCCCCGAGCGGGCUUGGCUCGGUGCCGCCGGCGCGUCCCCCCUUCCUCGCGGAGUCCCGGCCGCUCCCGGCCCGGGCCCCCGACCCCACUCCACUGCCUGCGGCCGGAGGCGCCGAGGCCGACAGAGCUGCUCCGAGUCGCUCGCUUUCCCCUCAGGGGACCUGGAGACAGCGUUUCCCCCGAGCCGGAGCCCCCGCCUGGGGGGAAUGGGCGCAGCCACGCCAGAUGGACGAGAAGACCAAGAAAGCAGAGGAGAUGGCCCUGAGCCUUGCCCGGGCAGUGGUUGGCGGGGAUGAGCAGGUGGCCAUGGAGUGUGCCAUCUGGCUGGCAGAGCGACGGGUGCCCCUGAUUGUGCAGCUGAAGCCUGAGGUCUCCCCAACGCAGGACAUCAGGCUGUGGGUGAGCGUGGAGGACGUGCAUAUGCACGUCGACACCAUCUGGCUCACGGUGCGCCCUGACAUGACGGUGGCGUCCCUCAAGGACAUGGUGUUCCUGGACUACGGCUUCCCGCCAGCCCUGCAGCAGUGGGUGAUUGGGCAGCGUCUGGCCCGAGACCAGGAGACCCUGCACUCCCAUGGGGUGCGGCGGGAUGGGGACAGCGCCUACCUCUACCUGCUGUCGGCCCGCAACACCUCACUCAACCCCCAGCAGCUGCAGCGGGAGCGGCAGCUGCGGAUGCUGGAAGAUCUGGGCUUUAAGGACCUCACGCUGCAGCCACGGGGUCCCGUGGAGCCGGCCCCCCCGAAGCCUGGGGCCCCCCAGGAGCCAGGCAGGGGGCCGCCCGCCGCUGUUCCCGAGCCCCCGCGGGUGGGCUGGCAGUGCCCCGGGUGCACCUUCAUCAACAAGCCCACGCGGCCCGGCUGCCAGAUGUGCUGCCGGGCACGGCCUGAGGCCUACCAGGUGCCAGCCUCGUACCAGCCCGACGAGGAGGAGCGAGCGCGCAUGGAGGGCGAGGAGGAGGCGCUGCGCCAGUACCAGCAGCGGAAGCAGCAGCAGCAGGAGGGGAACUACCUGCAGCACGUCCAGCUGGAUCAGAGGAGCCUGGUACUGAACACCGAGCCCACCGAGUGCCCCGUGUGCUACUUGGCACUGGGGCCCGGAGAGGGCGUGGUGCUGCGUGAGUGUCUGCACACCUUCUGCAGGGAAUGCCUGCAGGGCACCAUCCGCAACUGCCAGGAGGCAGAGGUCUCCUGUCCCUUCAUUGACAACACCUACUCGUGCUCCGGCAAGCUGCUGGAGAGGGAGAUCCGGGCGCUCCUGACCCCUGAAGAUUACCAGCGAUUCCUGGACCUGGGCAUCUCCAUCGCCGAGAACCGCAGUACCUUCAGCUACCACUGCAAGACCCCUGACUGUAAGGGAUGGUGCUUCUUUGAGGAUGACGUCAACGAGUUCACCUGUCCCGUGUGUUUUCACGUCAACUGCCUGCUUUGCAAGGCCAUCCACGAGCAGAUGAACUGCAAGGAGUACCAGGACGACCUGGCUCUGCGGGCUCAGAACGACAUGGCCGCUCGGCAGACAACGGAUAUGCUGAAGUUGAUGCUGCAGCAGGGCGAGGCCAUGCACUGCCCCCAGUGCCAGAUUGUCGUGCAGAAGAAGGAUGGCUGCGACUGGAUCCGCUGCACCGUCUGCCACACUGAGAUCUGCUGGGUCACCAAGGGCCCGCGCUGGGGGCCAGGGGGCCCAGGAGACACCAGUGGGGGCUGCCGCUGCCGGGUGUUUGGCGUUCCUUGCCACCCCAACUGUCAGAACUGCCACUAAGCUGGGGAUGAUGUGGUUCCCAAGUCGACUCAGCCCUACAUCUGCAGGCUGCUGGGGCAGGGCUGGGCGUGGGGCUUUGGCUCUGACUUCAGGCCUGGGAAAUGCCUUUGGGCUUGGCUGAGGCAGGGACCCUGCAGAGAGGCCAAGACCCCUGAGCUGCCUGGACUGCCUUGUUUGCUAUGGGUGUUGCAGGGGCCAGCCUGGCCUUGCCUGUUGUCUGCAGCGGCUUCUGCCCAGUGCCUUUGCCCUUCCCCUGAGACCUGCAAGCCAGAUGUCUCAUCUCUUCUCUGCGGCUACCACCCUGCCUGACUGUAGCCUGAAACACAGCCAAUGGCCAGAGUUGCUGGAUGGAAGCUGCAAGAGCCUCCCGUGCUUCUCUGGACUCCUCCUAAUACUUCGUCUGCCAUACACCAAGCGCUAGCAGCCUCACCGCUUCCCCCUUCAGCUUUCUGGAGGUGGCUUUUCUUUGCCUUUGCUGUUGGGGGCCUGGGGCCUCCCAGAGCUGCUGCUAACCCUAUUCACAGCCAGGAGGGAGACCUGGCAGUUUUUAAAGCAAAGUCUAUCAGGUUCAGCCUCUACAUCUCCCUCUUUGCUGCCUGUGUAAACUAAUUAAAAUGGUUUUCCAGAAA